AUAAAUAUACUAACAGCCCUACUAGUAAAUAUUACUCUAUCAAUUCUCCUAAUCACCAUUGCCUUCUGACUACCCCAACUUAAUUUAUAUACUGAAAAAGCAAACCCGUAUGAGUGCGGAUUUGACCCCAUAGGCUCUGCUCGCCUCCCAUUCUCAAUAAAAUUCUUCCUAGUAGCAAUCACUUUCUUACUAUUUGACCUAGAAAUUGCACUUCUACUUCCACUACCAUGAGCUAUCCAAAUAUAUAAUAUUAACAUCAUAAUAUUAACAGCUUUCAUCCUAGUCUCCGUAUUAGCAUUAGGCUUAGCCUACGAGUGACUACAAAAAGGACUAGAAUGAACUGAAUAA